UAAAACACAGGUGUGGAGGUGGGGCGGCGUCUGGCCUGCAGGGGGAGUAUGGAGCACCGGGUCCGCUGGGGUGAUGGGGUCUGAUUGUGGACAGGUGUCUGCAAUCUGACCCAAUCAGGAAGUGUGUAUUUAUGUGCCUGCUUGUCUUUCAGUCAGGGGUUGAGAGAGAGAGAAGGAAGACGCUCUCUGCGAGAUAGAGAGAGCGUUGUAAGACCAGGAGACGGACGGAUUGAACAUUGAACUUUGUCCUUUUGUUCGUGUGACUUUGUGUUUGUUUAACCCGAAGUGGAAAUAAACGGGAGUUCGCUCCAUUUCCACAAAGAAAUGUGUCCUGACUCCGGUGAACCCGUUACACUGGAGCCCAAUGUGGGGCGGAGUCAAUUAUGGAUCCAUCGUCAUUGGCCAGUGCCCCCGGACACCUGGCACAAACAGCGGAGCGUCAGACCCAGCUGCAGCUGGCCCAGAACGAGGUCCUGGUGGAGCUGGCCCGCUCCUUGGCCACCGACCGGGAGGCCAUGCGGGAGCUACUCGGCUCCGGAGAACGCGGCGGGGUAACCCGACCGUGGCGACAUAUAUAUGUCCCCAAGAUGGGGGAGGCCGACGACCGAGAGGCCUUCCUGGAGACCUUCCGGGGGGUGGCCGAGGUCUCAGAGUGGCCGCCGCAGGAGUGGGCCCACCGUCUCCUGCCUCUGCUGACGGGAGAGGCCCAGCUCGUGGCCCAUAGCCUACCAGCGGCGGCCCAGAAGGACUUCGACGCCGUCGCCAGGGCUAUCCCGGACCGGUUGGGCCUAAACCCGGAGGAACAACGCCGCCGGUUCCGGGCCCUGGCCUUCAACGACGGCGACCGGCCCUUCACCUACGCCCAGCAGCUGCGGGACCAGGCGAGGAGGUGGCUGGGCCCGGAAAAAAACACACCGGAGGAGAUAGUGGAGCAGGUGGCCCUGGAGAGGUUCGUCGAGGGGCUUCCGACCAGAACAUCAACCUGGGUCCGGUACCACCAGCCCGGGAGCCUCUCGGCGGCCGUCAACAUCGGAGGGCCACCUGGCUCCCCCUCUGUCGGACCGACGACCGCCGAUCCCGAGCCCGCGGACCGGUGCAGCAGCCCUGCAGCGGGACAGGCCCACCCCGGGGCCGAGGGCGAGAUUGGGGGGGGGGGUCCCAGUCCGGAGCAGGCACAUAGUGCACCUUCCCACCCCGUCCCGCAGACAGGCACUCAGACGGCAGGGGAGGCGUGUUGGCGGUGCGGACGGCCGGGCCACCUUCGGCGGGACUGUCCGUUGAUGGAGGUGGGCCAGGUCGUCCGCGUCACCGGUGCCCCGGUUCUUCUCCAUGGUCCCGGCGAGGCGUACUGUAUCCCGGCAGACGCGUCGGAUAGGGGGUAGGGCGCGGUCCUGACCCAGCAGGUGGAGGGGGCCGACCGUCCG